AUGCCGUGGGCGCAGCCGACCCGCGGACCCGCGACCCGGGGCCGGGAAGGGCCGCUGCCCCCGCCUCCCACUUCAGCCCGAAGGAGUCCCGCCGCCCCCUCGUCGGGCGGCCCGCCAACCUUACAGACGUGGGUGCGGGACUCCCGCCGCUCCGGGGACCUUAGGUCGGACCUGGGCGGGACCGGGAAGGACUGGACGGGGCGGAGACCGAGCAGGGGGCGAGCAGGUAGCGCCGGGAAGGAGACACGCCCGCCGGGCCGGCCGGGUCGGGGGAGGGGAGAAGUUUCCCCCGAACUUCCCGACUCGGAGCGGCGGGGGCGGGAGCGGCGGCGCCUCCGGGCGCGCGCGGCGCCGGGCCUAGCGCUGCGGGGCCGGGGGUCGGCCGCCUCCGCCCGCGGGGACCCCGCCGGCUCCUUACCUGCGCCCCGGCCGCGCUCGCAUGAGUCGCCGCAGCAGCGGGGAAGGGUGGCGGGGAGGAGGCAGCGGGCGGAGAUCAGGCCCGCGGCGCCCGCUCCCGUCCUCCACCUCCUCGUCCCGGGCGCCGGACGGCAGCGACGACGGCACAGCCGGCCUCUGGCUCUCCACUUGAGGAGGAGGGAAUUCCCGGGCUCCGCACCCCGCGGCCUCACGCUCCACCUUCUCCCCGCGCGGGGCCCGCCCUCACUCCCGGCCCCGCCCCCCGUGCCGGCCCGGGGGGCGGGGGCUACCUGCGCGCGCGGUCACCGGCUCACCGGAACUCGCGCCGCGCCCGACCCGGCUCCGGCGAACCCGCCUUCCGGCGCCGCUGUCGCCGCCGCCGCCGCCGCGCGCGCCCCCUCGGGGGGCGGGCCGCCCCUCCCGCGGUCGCCGUCUGCGGGGAGACCGAGUCGCUAA